AUGACGUCCAAAAGUUCUGGUGCAGACACCAGCCCCGCCCGGUCGCCUCAGCCUGCCAAGCCUCGGAACCUGGCGAUUCGCACCUUCCGCUCCGUCCUCUCUUUUGCCAUCGAGCAGUGGUUCCUCCUUCUACUAGGUCUCCUCAUCCUCCUUGCCUACUUUUUCCCCAUCGUCGGUCGCCGCGGCGGUUCCAUAAGAUCGGAAUACACUGUCAAUUAUGGCGGCGUUGCUCUUAUCUUCCUUAUCUCUGGUCUUUCACUCCCAUUCGACAAGUUGCUCAAGCACGCCAAAAACCUCCGGCUACACCUCAUCGUCCAGACCUACUCGUUCCUCAUCACCUCGUCAGUCUUCUUCGGGAUAGCCGCAGCGGCGAGCACCAACCCUUAUAUCGAAACCUCGGCGCUUAUCGGAUUGAUCGCGGUCGGGUGCCUCCCCACCACCAUCGCGAGCAAUGUCACCAUGACGCGCGAGGCGGGCGGGGACGUCGCGGCCACGAUGGUCAGCGUGACGAUUGGGAACCUGCUGGGACCCUUCAUCUCCCCGCUUUUGAUUGCGAGGCUGUACCUCCCGGCAGUGGGCAAGUUUAGGGAGUGGAUACCCGCCGAGGCAGUUGGCGAUCUCACCCCGCUGUAUCGGAAUGUGAUGAUGCAGAUGGGGCUGAGUGUCUAUCUGCCGCUCGUGGUGGGGCAGGUGGUUAGGGCGCUCUUCACGGAUUUCGUGCAGAAGGUGGUGACCAAGUACAAGCUGGCCAAGGUGGGGUCGGUCAUGCUACUCCUGCUGGUCUGGUCCACGUUCUGUAACGCCUUCUCCUCCGGCUCGCUCUCCACACUCAACACAUCCACUAUCGUCUUUAUCAUCUUCAUCAACCUCCUUCUUUGUAUCGGCUUCACGAUCCUGACCUUCUUUACGGUCCGUCCGCCCAAGGCAUGGAACCGGUGGAAUGGCGUGCUGUUCAAGCGGGUUAGUAAAGAGGAGGUCAUCAGUUACUGCUUCUGUUGCCCAGCCAAAACACAAGCCCUCGGUAUCCCUCUCCUCGCUUCCAUGUAUACUUCUUCGUCCGACGCGACUCGGUCCCUCAUUCAGAUCCCCGUCGUGCUGUAUACGGUGGAACAGGUGUUCGUUGGUCAAUUCAUGAUCUGGUGGUUCAAGCGAUGGCUGGCCAAGGAUCAGGCGAGGCUAGACGCUGAGGCGGCGAUGGGUAGGGACGCGACGGAUGCGCGUGUAGAGGAGAAGGAUGGGGAAGAGGAGUCGAAGGGUGGGAUCGGCGGGGCAGAUGGGACAGCGGGCGUGGCAGGCACAGAGGGAGGCCUGAGACGACUCGGCACGGGGGUGAAGGACGAGGAGGCUGGAAGCACCUUUGCGACAGAUCAUCGUCGGGACACGAAGGGCUGA